UUCUGUCUUUGGACUGUAGAGGAUCUCUGCUACUGUAGAUUCCAUUGGAACUAAUGUGAUGUUGGCUGCUGUACUCAUAGUAUUAAAGAAGUACAUAAUAACUGAGCUUCAUUUUCAUUAUUUCCAUCAUCGGUUGGUGAAACUGUUGCUCGACUUCCAUUCUGUGCUACUACGGAUAGAAAGCUGACCACGACAACAGUCAACCUGUUUUUGGUAAACAACCUCGAACUUUCGUACAAUAAGUCGAUACGCCAGGGAACUGCAACCGUAUCUUUGGCAGUGCCGCAUAAACUGUUGGCAAUUGACAUCAUCCAUGAACAGUUCUUUAUUUAACCAACCGCUGACGGAUGUCGUUACCCUAUUAUGCAACAGCACGCUUGCUUCGGUUGUCACUAUCAAGCAAAAGGCUGAUACUGACCAGUGGCGACAAACCGUAUCCGGAUCGGGCAACUGGACCAAAAACCAGAUAUAUCAGGCUUAUAUUUUCGAAGCCGUCAGCUAUCCCAUCUUGCUGGUUCUCUGUACCAUCGGCAACGGGCUCAACCUCGUUGUGCUCAUCAGUGAAAAGAGAAAAACAUCCAUGAACUGCUACAUGACAGCGGAGGCCAUUGCCGACUUGGUCCUAUUGUGGUCGAUGUUGCCGCAGUUUAUCUGGAACACGAGUGUCAACUUCAAGCUACCGUACAAAAAUCCCGGAAACAAAGCAAUUGUGGCUAUGGUAGUGCCGUAUGUUGUAUGGAUACGAGAAACAUUUCUGCAUCUGUGUGACUGGGUUCUGAUAGUGUUCUCUUUGGAGCGAUUGUUGGCCAUCACGCAACCAUUCAGCACCAAACGGCUCCAAGCUGCUGCAACAGCCCGUCUCAUCAUCGUGGCGCUGUUUUUCUUUUCCUCAGUUUUUUCUGUAUGCAAUUUUGUUACGGGUUGGUACAAUUGGAAGUACUCACAGACGCCGGGAUGGCUGCAGAACUGGUCGGAUGUACAAGAUGUGGCAGAGGUGGUGGUGAUGUUCAUUAAGUUUUUUGGCUCAUUGAUCAUCAACCUUCUGGUUAUCGCUGCCAUCCGGCGUGCUGCCAUCCGGCGCCAGCAUCUGUUUGUCACUGGGCAGCAGCGUGCCGCACAGACCGGCGGUCAUGAAUGGCGCUAUCGCAACAGCAACUAUCUGUUAAUAGGCAGUGCCUGCCUCUAUCUGUUCACGAUGCUACCUAGUCUCGUAUACAAGAUUCUUAUCAUUGCCGAAACCAAUCAUUUGUACAACUUCGACAAGUCAGCAAAACUUUCGCCACGCCCUUUUGCCAAACGUCCUUUUGGUCAACUAUUCUAUCAAUUUCUUUCUGUAUUUAACCGUCAGCGAAAGAUAUAGGGUGCAGUUCGUCUGUCUCUUUGCCGGUUUUUUUGUCCGGAAUGGCUAAAGAGAAACGCACAUAAAUACAGAGACAUCAGCAGCAUUUGGGUUACGACCGUCAGAAAUCCGCAAGCUGCUGUGUACAAGCCCGAAAUCACCAAAAUGAUGAGCGCCAAUGUGGUGGAAGAUAAGGACCGGAGCCGCCGUGAACAUCAUGUGUUGCGCAGGACACAUUAAAGCGAAGUGCCAAAAAAUGGUCGGGAAAGUGAGAAUAAGUAAUCCCGAGUCAAUGAACGUCUCAUACGGGUUGGUUAAAUUAAUCAUUUUACAGUGCACAGUGUUUUUAGUUUUGCACUAUCAUUGAACUGCAGCAAAAUUUUGAGUACGAGUAUGCGUACCUUAGUUUAUUUAAAAUAGAACUGAUUUUCAAGUAUAAUGUUGCUACCACAUUAACCACUAGCACUUUUCUUGGCUACAGUAUGUGAUGGCUUUGUUCUCCGCUUUCCUGAGGAUGAAAUUUUCGGAAACUACAUUUGUUGUACUACGCUGUGCGACACAAACAUUCUCAAACUGUCUGGGAUAACUGCUUACGAAUGCUGCUUAUUGGCUACCGUGGUACACAUUUUUU